CGCACUUUCUGCCUUGUUGGAAGGUGAUUUCAUCAGGAAGAGCUUUGUCUAGAGAUACACACAUACCCAGGAAACUAGUCACUGAUUCACGCGAAUGGUAUUCUAUCUCGAGUCAAACUUAACGUAAAAGGCCAGAUGUCCGUCAUCACCGACGAUCUUCCGGAUAUGGACGGAGCGGAGCUGUUGGGAUUGCUGUUCCAGGAUGUUGAUAGUGGCGCGGCGGAUACGUUCUUUCUCAACGGAAACGAUCUUAUGGAGGAUUGGCUUUCCGAACAAGACAUGUUGAGUGUCCUGGACACAGAAGACUUCCUGUCCAGCUUGCUGGACGUAGAAGACAACAUGGCCGCCUCCUAUCCGUCGCUCUCUCCCCACGGCAGCGACAGCGGCAUCUCGGACCACAGCAGCUCUGGCAAAACCCCGCCGGGCUGCCCCAGCCCCCAGGGCAGCGACCCUCCGCCCAGCCCCGGCUGCUACUCCCAGCCCACCUCGGUGCUCUCUGAGCUGGCCGGGGGCGCAGGCGAGGCCCAGGCUGAGAGGGCCGAGGCGGUGCAGACAGAGCACAGCUACGCCCUGCUGCAGGGAGGCCGGCCGGAUGACACCCUGCAGAGCGUGAGGGCAGACAAGCCAGACGAGGACGUCUUCAUAGACCUGGAUGAGCUGGACAGUGAAGGGAUGGAGCAGGAAGACUCCAGUGAGCCUGACUGCACUCUGUCCAUCGAGGACUCGUCUCAAAGCAACAACAUGGACAUGUUCCAGUUUAAGGAGAUCGUUCUGACUGACGAGGAGAAGAGGCUUCUGGAUAAAGAAGGAGCAAGCAUCCCAGCUCACAUGCCCCUCACCAAGGCGGAGGAGAGGACUCUGAAGAGGGUGAGGAGGAAGAUCAGGAACAAACAGUCUGCUCAGGAGAGCCGCAAGAAGAAGAAGGUGUACGUGGAUGGACUGGAGAACAGGGUUGCCAUGUGCACAGCCCACAACCAGGAGCUGCAGAAGAAGGUCACCCUGCUCCAGAAACAGAACAUGACUCUGAUAGAGCAGCUGAAGAAGCUACAGUCCAUGAUGAAGAUGUCCACCAUGAAGACCUCCACCACCAGCACCUGCAUCAUGGUGUUCCUGCUGUCCUUCUGCCUCAUCAUCUUCCCCUCCGUCAACCCGUUUGGGAGGAGCCCUGGGAAGGAGCAGUACACCCCCUCCUCCAUCGUGUCCAGGACGCUGCGCUCCUUCCCUGGGGAGGACGUUCUGGACGUGUCCUACCCCGAGCCAGGCCAUGUGGAUCCAGGCCAUGUGGAGGAGCCCGUGUAUCUUCCCACGGUGGAUAACGUGAAGGCGGUGUUUGCUGGCGGCCAGAACCACACCCCCGACCACACCCCCGACUACCAAAGGGUGGAGCAGCCCGACUCGGAGACCGGCGUCAACGGCAACAACUCCGCAGACUUCCCCAACCCCUCCGGCCAAUCAGGGCAGGCGGAGCAGAGCACGGGCCACGCCCCCGAGGGAGUGGGGGCGGGGCUGCGGGAGGGGGCGGGCCGGGUGGUGUUGGAGGCGGCGGGUGGAGACGAGAGGUGGUUGGAGAGGAAGCCCACGUCAGUCAUCCUGCAACAGCACCGCUCAGACGAGAUGUAGGAGGAGCCAGCGAGAGGGAGGGGAGGAGCUUACUGUUCAGGAGUAAUGGGUGGGGUUCCCUUUAUGGGAAAGGGGUGGAGCUAUGUGUAAAAUGGGCGUGGUUUCGGGAAAGGUGCGCGGUCACAAUGCAUGAAGUGUUGCGGUCAUAAUAGAUAAAGGGGCAUGGCCUAUCGAACAAAUGGGGCUGGUCUUGGAAAGGGCGUGGUCAUAAUGAACACGGCGGGGGUAAGGGGCGGAGUCCUAGCCAGGGAGUGAGCUUAAAGGGAAACAAGCCGUCCUAUCAGACGUUAUCAUAAUCUUACCGUCCUCUAGUCUCCCUGGUCUCUCGACUCGACUACUGUAGAUUCACCUGCUGGUCCCACACAGCCCCCACACAGGCCUCACACAGCCCCCACACAGCCCCCACACAGCCCCCACACAGCCCCCACACAGGCCUCACACAGGCCCCACACAGCCCCCACACAGGCCCCACACAGGCCCCACACAGCCCCCACACAGGCCUCACACAGGCCCAACACAGCCCCCACACAGGCCCCACACAGGCCCCACACAGGCCCCACACAGCCCCCACACAGGCCCCACACAGCCCCCACACAGCCCCCACACAGGCCACACACAGGCCUCACACAGGCCCCACACAGGCCUCACACAGGCCCCACACAGGCCCCACACAGGCCCCACACAGGCCUCACACAGCCCCCACACAGCCCCCACACAGGCCCCACACAGGCCAAACACAGGCCUCACACAGGCCCCACACAGGCCUCACACAGGCCCCACACAGGCCCCACACAGGCCCCACACAGGCCUCACACAGGCCCCACACAGCCCCCACACAGCCCUCACACAGCCCCCACACAGGCCCCACACAGCCCCCACACAGCCCCCACACAGCCCCCAUGUUAGUACCCCAUAAUAAUCCACAGUUGUCGUGGAGAUUGCACAGCCUGCACUCUGUAAUGUAUAGAAUGUGAAUGUUGUUCAUGAAACGUUGGAACUUUAGCCAUUGCAGGACAUUUGGCCCUUAUUAGACUAUAAACAUGUUGAUUAUUUUUGUUAUCAUUCCAGUAUUGACUCUUGCAACAAGGGGACUGAGAAUCCGGCUUUCUACUACUGUACUCUUUUUUUCAUUGUCUUACAAAUAAAAAGGAAAUAUUAUUGUUAAUUUGUAAAUUCUUUGGACAGCGAUUGCUCCCAGUCGUGUGUAUGUGACCAGACAAACCCGUUUAUUUCAGUGUUGCAGUACAAAGAAAUAGAAAUGUAAUGACCUGUUUUACCAGUGAGGCAUUUUUGUCACAUACAUGUUUUGUUAAUAUAUUAAUCGUUAUUCAUGAAAAUCUAAAAUGGUGUUGGACCCUGUCCAUAGGACCUGAGGGAUCUCUCAGUGAGAUUAGAUGUGUUUAAUGUUGUAGGAAGCACUGAUUUAUAUAUACUCUAUAGUGCAAGUUCUGAAAUGUAAAUAUCGACUGGAAUGAUUAUACCAUAUGUACAAGAUAUGUUGUCCAUCUAUACAAUGAUGCAUAAAUAAAUACUUUUUUUAA